UUCCCAACAUGCCCUGCGGUGUGCGUCACGGCGCGUACCACCACGCCAGAUCUCGCGGGGGGAUAACGGGGCGGGGAGCCGAAGUCCUAACGAAAGAUGGAUGCAGGUCCUCCGCACCCUCUUGACGUCUUUCUGUCUGUGUCUUCCUCGAUCCGGAUGCGAACCCUCCACCUAGCCUCCCGCAACGUUCUUUUUCGGAAUGGAUUCUCCCGUAGCCGGGGCAACGCGCCGCAGACGGUCUCCGUGGCUCCGCGAGCGUGCGGACAGGCUGCGGGCGAGGUACAGCUCGGGAAUCGCUCGCGCGGCGGCUGCCUCGUGGCGCUGGUCGCUUCUGCAGCCAGGCUCGGACUGGAGCUGGGACAAUCUGAUCUCUGAUCUUUGUACCCUUCUCCGAAGUGACUUGGUACUCGCAGCCAUCAGCGUAGAGUAGAAUUUUGCUAUAGAAGUAGCACUAAGAAGCCCGCUGAAGUCACCAACAUUGAGCACACAGCCCCCAAGGAGCAGCCAUGCCUAUGGAAGGAGGGAAAACUGAUAUGGAGAGGAUUGGCCUCUUCAGUGAGAUGGAAUAUAUUACUGUGGGCGAUAAAUAUGUGUCACAGUUUAAUCGACCCUUUAAUGAAGCUGCAAGCAAAAAUAAACAGAUUCUACCUGGGGGAUCCAAAGAAAUGUCCAAUCUCCAGGCAGGUUAUUUUGAUCCCCAUUUUGUAAGGAUUUUUGAAGGUGAAGGCUAUGUCAAUCCAAAUCAAGUGAGGAGACGGCACAUGAUAGAAGAAGCGAAAAAAAAUCUAAGCAAAGCCUUCCUCCCUAGCAGUGGAGAGAAAAAACCCUGUGGAUUAGGAAGUUACUAUGGAACCAUAGGUGGACCAGUCCCAUUUUUCAGUGCACAGUCUAAACCCAAAGAAAAAUAUGAGCCACCUGGAAAGAAUUUAUACACAAACCCAGGAAAGAAAGGAACUGGAUAUGGCUAUGCAAAUAUUACCAUAGGUAAGCAGUUUUCACACUCUUCUGAUCUCUAUGAUGCGGCAAAACUAAUUAACAAGAAAGAGAAUGAAGAACACCAUCGUUUACUCAAAGGGACAGCUUUCAAAUUAAAUCUUUACCCAAGGGAAUAUUUUGAUGCCAAUCCUUACAUGUCUGAGGAACCUUUACCACCAAUUAAAAAAGUAGAGAAGAAAGAAAUAGUUGGAAACCCUUUUAAGCCCUCUUCUCCUGGUAAAAAGGCUGGUGGAAUGAAGGCAGGAACAUUUGAUCCUUACCCUUCACAUUCUGUUGACCCUUACAUGGUUAAAUUGAAAGGCCCAUCUGGCAAAAGUGCUAAAGUUUUCCAUCCACCAGGUGGACCAAAAAGCAGACCAGUUGAAAGCAUAAUGGCUUUGAACGUCAAAAGGGCACUAAAUAUGAAGAACUACAAGACUGCUUCAGUACAGUCCUACUAACAUCUGGAAGACAAAUAACCUUACAGGUCCUGACUUCCAAAAAUUCACUAUCAAGUGCUCAUUAUUUGAAAAAAUAUAUAAGAUGUGUGGAACAAAUAGCUCAAACAUUUAAAAGAAAUUUAAGGCUGUGACUAAUGCUUUUCCUUCUUUUCAUACUAUUACAUCAAUAAAUGACUAGUAUUUGUUAAUAAUUGCUAUGUUUCUUGAUCUGUGUUUCUGAGGAGAUGUUUAGGAAUGUUUGAAACUGUUGUAAAAUCUCAAAGUGUACUCUUUCAUUUGACAUAUUUUGCUCUUAACAUUAAAAAUAUUGCUGAGUUGGAGGGUAGGGGUGAAAAUGGGGACUGGAGGGGUAGAACGUGAACAGUGAAUGCUUAUUUUUCUAUUAAGUGGUAUCGUUUUUCUGUUUUGUUUUUUUAAGAUUAAUUUUUAUUAGAGUAUAGUUGCUUUACAGUAAAUUCUUAAUUUGCUGUUCCUUCUUGGAGGUAUUUGGAGGUUGAGUUGACAGCUAUCCAGGUGUCUCAGUCCAUUAAAGCAUUCUUAACAUCAG